CUCAUUAUCUCACUAUCCACCAUGAAGUCCAUUCUCCUGGUUGCCACAGCCCUCACAUCCGCCUCCUCCGCCUCGCCCCUCGAGAAACGCGCAAUCACCUGCUUGAAAGUCGGCGCCACGGCAACCGCAACGUGGACUAAUGCUGCCGGAAAAACAUGCAAUUGGGCGGGCGUUGUGGGAAGUAAUUUCGGGACGAAUAGUGUGAACGGCGGAGAUUAUUCGUGUAAUGGAAGAUGUGGAGCGGGAUGUACUGGUACUGCUAUCGGGAAUGCGUAUACACAGGACUGCUUCAGUCAUGAUGUUUGCUCAUGGUUUAAUAAUGCGAGUGGGGGUGCUAGUGAUGCGAACUGUGGCGCAGCGUACAGCUCCGCGGUUGACGAUACGCUCCUGGGCGCGACGAAUGGGUGUGGACAGACGAACCCGAGUUAUUCUGCGAGCAAACCGAGCACGAGUCCGACGUGUUCGUAG